AUGGGAAACAAAGACAAAGCGAACGAUGCCAUCCCCAAUGACGACUCAGUGGAUGGCGGUCUUCCAGGGUCAUCAGACGAAGCGGAGAAGGCGAAGGAGCUCAGCUACCAAGCCCUCCAAUACGAUCUCCUUCACAGGCAGCAUAUGUUCAUACUCAACAAUGUCUUUUUGGCGGUUCAGUUCUUCAAGAACUAUGACAGGGAAAAGGAAGAGAUUGACGCUGCCAAGGGUGUAAGAGAUCGAGAGAUGACAAGAAAACUCCUCCCUAGCCAUAAAUCCUGUUUCUUCACCGGCUGCCUCUACGAACAAUUGACCUCGAACGUGGUGCUUCGCAAACGGAAUGAACCCUACGCUAAGGCCAUCGCACCGGCCAUGGAGUGCUACAUUAACUACGAGAAUGCCGAAGUUCUUCGAAGCGACGAAUCCUCUGUCGACUUCAAUCGAGUUGGAUCUGGUGGACUGCAGUUCAAAAUGGACAGCGACUCGGAAGCUUUCCAAAGAGGUGAGGUCCAUCUGUGCCUCGACCACGAGACCGAUGCGAGAACGAGCAUCGUCAGCUUGGGAUACGACAGCACCGACUACACCAGCAACACCACCGUAACAGAUGCCUCCGUCCACGCUCCACGAGGCAGGCGGCAAAGAAGGCAAAGGAGGGGAAGCCGUCCAUCGGAGAACCCCAGUGGAAGCACGGACGCGAACAUGAGCAGUUCAGACGAGGAGGAGAGUACACGGGCCAGCACGCUGUUCCCAACUUCUGAAAGAGCAGCGUGGACGACUGAAAAUCGAACGGGCGUGUAUAUGUCCAAUAAUGUUUCCUAUAGGAAAAUAGGAAACCGUCAACCCAACACCGGAAGCACAACAGACUCUGGCAUGAGGAGUUCCAUCGACACUGCCGCAUCUCUCACAGAUCUCACGGGUCGUCGGACAACGCAAUCAGAGCUUCACAGAUGCCUCAAGCACCACAUAAUACAUCUUCGAGAGGAUGCACGAAUUAGUAGCACCCUUCACGUACACGUCUUAUCGUCGUCGGCACUUGCUCACAGGUUCAUCAAACACUUCAAGGACAUCGCGUUCCUCUUAGGAAAUAGGGACCUUGCUAAUCAUCACACUUCGCGAUAUCACAUGGUGAAU